CUAAAGCAAAAGUCACUGUGAACGACCCUCCUCCCCGUCUCUUUUAUUUUUCUUUCAUUAAUUUAUUACAGUGUUCCAUUAUUUGUUUUCAUUUGGUUUCAUCCAUCUCUUCCGCCUGCCGCCGCCUCUCUUCCGCCUUCCGCCGCUGCCUUGCUGAUGUGCUCUAUUAAACCAGUUUAUUGUGAAAUUAAAAUCGAACCGAACCGAACCAUAAUAUUAUAACUCUGAUAUAAUUUGUUUUUAUAAAUUGGUCGGUUCGAUUAAUAAUAUAGAAAAAACCGAUUGGCUUUUAACUUUUGGUUACUUCACCGGUGCUCAGCUUUUAGAGAAGGGUUUUAGAAGAUUUUGCAGCUAUGGCGACGUCGUCUCAUGCUAACGCCGUCAAGUCGCUCAACAAAUCUCCCGGCGGCCGGCGCUUUGUGUUCAAGUCUGUGACUCGUAGAAUAGAAGAAAUUCAAAUUGAUGUCUAUCGAAGCCUUGAUAAAAUUAAGUCUCAGCCAUCCGAGGGGUCCUCAUUUUUUCGGGAUUGCCUCAUAGAAUGGAGGGAAUUAAAUACAGCUGAGGAUUUCAUCUCAUUCUAUGAGACAAUGUUACCCUUAGUGCAGACAUUACCUUUAGUGCUGCUACACAAAGAAUCGAUUUUCUCAGAACUUAUUUCCAGAUUACAAGUGAAAGCACGUUUGUCGAUUGAGCCUAUUCUCCGCUUAACAACAGCUCUAUCUAGAGAUCUACUUGAAGACUUCAUUGUCUUUUUGCCUAGGCUUAUCGAUUCAUUUGCCUUGCUUCUUCAAAGUGGCGCUGAUAGGGAGCCAGAAAUUAUUGAGCAGAUUUUUACAUCAUGGGCGUAUAUCUUAAUGUAUUUGCAAAAGUAUCUUGUGAGGGAUGUUGUUCAUGUGCUUAAGGUGACAGCGAAAUUGAGAUACUACAAUAAGAGCUAUUUACAAGAACUUAUGGCAGUGGCAACCUCAUUUUUACUGAGAAAUGCUCCAGAUGAGCAACUUAAAAAAGGCAUUAGGAAGAUCAUGUUUGAGGCUGUGAAAGAACCAUCACUUGUGCGAGACACUGGAGUGAGUGGCUUGCUUUAUCAUAUUUUGAGAGGAACCUCUUCAAGGUUGCAUUCAAGAGCAGAUCGAGUCUUGCAGCUAUUGACAGAAAGUUCUAUAUUUAGUAUUGGCAAUAAGUUCGACCGAGGUGUGGACACUGUUAUUAAAGUUGUAGCUACGACCUUUCAGAGACUUUGCGAGGAUAUAGAAGCAAAGGAGUUAAAUUUGUUGUUUACUUGCUUAUAUCAGAAGAUUGACAAGGCUGCAAAUGAUGAUUACCGCCAUCUAAGCUGCCUUCUAUCACUGCUUAUAUCAGCUGUCCAGACCCAUAAUGGUGCUAAGGUUUCUGAGUACCAACCGAUGAUUGAACGAGUGAGGUCAAUGAUUCAGAAGUUUGUUGCGCCUUCUAGCAUAGUUGUGGCUGAUGACAAUUCUGAAGUGGUCGACAAGGUUCUGCAAUUGAUGUUGUGUAUUCUUGACGGGCUGAAAAAUUUGAAUGAUACAACUACUAUUUCUCUCUGUUCAUCCCAGUGGCCUCCAGUGUUUGCAUUAAGGAACGCAAGUUGUUUGGCUUUUAUAAGAGAACUGCUGGGCAAAGACCAGUGCGUAGUAAAUGCAUUCACAGCUAAUAUUUUAAGUGCAAUGAAUGAUUUAGUUGAAACUUCACAAGAGGAAGUUCUGUGCUUGCUUUUGUCCUUCUGCCAUAGAUUGCAAGAAGAUGCUUUAGACUCCAGCUCUUUGGAUGGAAUUUCCAAAGGACUUCCAAAAAUUCAUGAUUUUCUACAGGGAACAGUCUGCUCAUGGGUGGCUGAGAUCAAAGCGAUUGCUCUUAGUAAUCCAUCAUGUACGGUAAUUAACAAAGAUAAGCUGGCUCUGCUAUGGGGAGUUAUUUGCUGCUAUCCCUAUGUGAUGGGUAUCUUGGAAAAGUCAUCUUUGCUUAUGGAUUUGAUAGAUGCACUUGAUUGCCUCUUGAUGAUUAGCGAUGAAAUUAUUGCUGGUGUUUCUAAACGUACUUGGCAAAGCCUGCUAGGAGCUUCUUUAAGUUCAUAUUACAAGUAUGGAAAAAAACCUGGGGUUGAAGAGACGACUAAAAUUCUGCAUCUUGCAAAAACAUGCAAAUCAUCCCUGCAUGUAUUGUCUGCUACUGCUGACUAUUUGGAUUCCAUAUAUGGGUCAACAUUGGAUGCAGAUGAUGACCGCGAAUUAUACCAUCCCGAGCUUGAAAGAAAUAAGGCUUUUGAUGCUUUAGAGAUAUUUGCCGAUAACUUGUGCAACUCGGACAAGGGGAUCCGGACUCCAACCCUAAGAAUUUUAUGUCAUUAUCAAUGCCUAGAAUGUGAAAUGUCUGCUAAUGAUCAGCCUCCCGAGAAGAGAAUGAGAACAGAAGUUCCUCAGAUUCGUUCUGCAAAUAUUCAUAAUAUUCAUGUCCUGCAGCUCCUCCUCCAAAUUGAGGCAAUUCCUCUUUCAAUUUCUACAAGUAGGAAAGUCAUCCUACUGAUCUCUAAAAUACAGAUAGGCCUCUCUGCUGGGAGGAUAUCUAAAACUUAUAUGCCUGUUCUGAUGAGUGGAAUAAUAGGCAUCUUCCAUAACCGUUUCAGUUCUUUGUGGAAUCCGGCAUCCGAGUGUCUUGCAAUUCUGAUUGGGGAAAAUGUGACUCUUGUGUGGGAGAAAUUUACUAAUCAUAUUGAGAAGUGUUUAUGUGUAUUUCAGUCAUCACAUGAUACCCUUGACGCAGAAAGUAAUAAAGUUCAUUUCAAGUCUACUGAAUUGAUCGAACGGUUUAAUUCGUUUGAUGUUCCUGGAUCUGAUAGCACACCACACGCAACAGUUCUUUCCUCACUGUUGCAGACUUUACAAAAAAUUCCUUCUAUUGCUGAGUCUCAUUCAAGACAAAUUGUCCCACUUUUCUUGAAGUUUUUGGGCUAUGACAGUAAUAAUCUUCUCAGUGUGGGGUCAUUUAACUCAGAUUCUUGCAAAGGCAAGGAAUGGAGGGGCAUUCUCAAAGAAUGGUUAAACUUGUUUAGACUUAUGCGGAACCCUAUGGCCUUCUAUCGGACUCAGUUCUUAAAAGAUGUUCUGCUUUUAAGGCUUAUGGAUGAAAAUGAUGCUGACAUACAGUCGAAGGUUCUUGAUUGCCUCUUAACCUGGAAAGAUGACUUUCUGCUUCCAUAUGAGCAGCAUCUGAGAAACUUGAUCAGUUCAAAAAAUUUGAGAGAAGAAUUGACUACAUGGAGUUUAAGCAGAGUUUCUCCUGUAAUUGAAGAGAGCCACAGAGCUGAUCUCUUGCCUCUUAUUAUAUUUAUUCUAAUACCAAAAGUGAGGAAACCAAAGACACUUGCAUCCCGAAAGCAUACAAGCGCACAUAACCGGAAGGCAGUUCUUCGAUUCAUAGCUGAACUUGAUGUUAAAGAGAUUACUCUUUUCUUUGCAUUGUUAAUAAAGCCCUUGAGCAUUAUAUCAAAGGAAGCUAAUGAUACUAUGGAUUUGUUUUGGAUCUUACCUGGAAAGUCUAGUGUUGAACUUCAACCAUUUAAUAUCUUGAAGUAUUUCACCAUGGAGAAUAUUAUGGCUCUGUCUUGGAAGAAGAGAUAUGGGUUUCUGCAUGUUAUUGAAGAUAUUCUUGCAGUUUUUGAUGAAUCACAUAUCAGACCUUUCCUGGAUUUGUUAAUGGGAUGUGUAGUUCGAGUGCUUGGAAGCUGCACGUCAAGUCUUCAUGAAGCAAAGAGCACUAGAUCUUUUGUACCUGAAAGUCAUCCUAGUGUCAACGGUGUAUUGCAUAAAGAUGACAGAGCUGCAGUAAAUAACUCCCAGACCAGUACAUCUCUGAAGCAGUUGAAGGAUUUGCGGUCUUUGUGCCUGAAAGUUGUUUCCUCUGUUCUCAGCCAGUAUGAUGAUCAUGAUUUUGGUUGUGAUUUCUGGGAUAUGUUCUUUGUAUCAGUAAAACCUUUAGUUGACAGUUUCAAGCAGGAGGGUGCUAGUAGUGAGAAACCAAGUUCACUAUUGUCAUGCUUUUUGGCUAUGAGUAGCAGUCACCACCUUGUCUCACUAUUGUCUAGGGAAUAUAAUCUGAUUUCUGAUAUUUUCUCCAUUUUAAGUGUCGCCACUGCAUCCGAGGCUAUUAUGUCUUGUGUUCUUAAAUUCAUUGAGAAUCUGCUGAAUCUCGAUGAAGACUCGGGUGAGAACAAUAUUGUGAGAAGAGUUAUACUCCCAAACCUUGACGAACUUAUCAGCAGCUUGCACUCUCUCUUUCAGGGUGAUGGAGCAACCAAAAGGAAAUUUGGCAAAUAUCCCGAGGAGACGCAUGUUAGAAUAUUCAAAUUGUUGUCAAAGUAUAUACAAGAUAAAUUGCAGUCAGAGAGAUUUCUGGAUAUCUUGCUUUCAUUGUUGGCAAAAAGAUCUAAAGAUCCCGGUGUAUGUGUUGAGUGCUUGCAAAUCAUUCGAGACAUUAUACCACUCCUAGGAAAUGAAAGCUCUCAUAAAACUCUUAAUGCUAUCUCUCCACUACUUAUUUCUGCUGAAUUGGAUAUGCGGUUGAAUAUUUGUGAUUUGCUUGAUGCCCUUGCUAAAACUGAUCCAUCUGUACUUUUUGUGGCGAAACUUCUUCAUGAAUUGAAUGCAACUUCUGCAAUAGAAAUGGGGGGCCUCGAUUAUGACACCAUAGUCAAUGCUUAUGAAAAGAUUGAUGCUGGGUUAUUCUAUUCUGUCCAAGAAGAACAUGCAUUAGCUGUCUUGUCACAUUGCGUGUAUGAUAUGUCGUCAGAUGAGUUAAUUCUAAGGCAGAGUGCUUAUAGGUCAUUGCUUUCUUUUGUUGAAUUUUCGGCCUCGGUACUUGGUGGAGAGUUUAGGAGUGAAUCUGUACCAAAUCCAGUGAUUACAGCAGAUGGCAAAAAUACUUGGACAAAAGCAUGCAUUCAGCGCAUGAUUAAUAAGUUUCUUUUGAAGCACACGGGGAGUGCUCUGAAGGAAGGAAGUUCAUCAAGGAAGGAAUGGAUUGAAUUACUACGAGAUAUGGUGUUAAAACUCCCAGAAAUGGAAAAUCUCAAUUCCUUAAAAGCACUAUGUUCUACAGACGCCGAGCAAGAUUUUUUCUACAAUAUUAUUCAUUUGCAGAAGCAUAGGAGGGCAAAGGCACUUGCACGCUUUAGUAAUGUUAUCAAUAAAAGUAACAUGUCAGAGGGCCUCAUGCAUAAAGUGUUCGUUCCAUUCUUUUUCAAAAUGCUCUUAGAUGUACAAGGUGGAAAGGGAGAAUACAUUAAAAGUGCUUGCAUUGAAGCUCUUUCCUCAAUUGCCUCUUUAAUGAAGUGGAAGUCGUAUUAUGCAUUAUUACUUAGAUCCUUCCAUGAGAUGAAGAUGAAUCAGGACAAGCAGAAGGUCUUAGUACGGCUAGUUUGCUCUUUGUUGGAUAAGUUCCAUUUUGCACAGAGUUGUUCCAGUCAAGGAGAUGUAGAUUCCUUGGAGAACACUCUGGGGAAUGACAGCACAGGGACAGGAUGCAAGCAUAGUAGUAAUUCUACUAUAGCUGCUGAGAUACAGACAUGCCUUCAUAAAACUUUGCUGCCAAUGAUGAAGAAGCUGCUGGAUAAUCACUUUGAUAAGGUUAAUGUUAAUGUUAAUGUUAAUGUGGCUGUACUGAAAGUGUUGAAGUUACUUCCUGGAGACAUAAUGGACGCACAACUUCCGAGUAUCAUGCAUCGAAUUGCAAACCAUUUAAAAAAUCGGAUGGAAAGCAUCCGUGAUGAAGCUAGGCUUGCUUUGGCUGCUUGUUUAAAGGAGCUUGGACUGGAAUACUUGAAGUUUGUAGUUGGGGUUUUGCGAGCUACCUUGAAACGAGGGUAUGAACUCCAUGUAUUGGGGUAUACAUUAAAUUUUAUCUUGUCAAAAUUCCUUUCAAAUCCCAUUUGCGGGAAAUUGGAUUACUGUUUGGAAGAUCUCCUUUUUGUAGUCGAGAACGAUAUUCUUGGAGAUGUUGCUGAGGAGAAAGAAGUGGAUAAGAUAGCUUCUAAAAUGAAAGAAACUAGGAAGCUGAAGUCAUUUGAAACCCUGAAAAUAAUUGCCCAAAGCAUAACAUUCAAAACUCAUAGCUUGAAACUUCUUUUACCAGUUAAAGCUCAUAUGGAGAAGCAUCUGACGCCAAAAGUGAAAACCAAAUUAGAAAGUAUGUUAAAUCACAUAGCAGCUGGUAUUGAAUGUAAUCCAUCUGUUGAUCAGACAGAUCUAUUUAUUUUUAUAUAUGGUUUUGUUGAAGAUGGACUCAAAGCAGAGAAUGGCCAGCAAGAUUCUUCUGGUACAGAGUUGACGCCUAACACUAGACAUGAUGUGCGUAAGAAAACCGUUUCUUCAGCCCAAGUUGUUGGAACUAAAUCUGGGUGCGCAAGUCUGGUUACUGUUUUUGCUCUUGGGUUAUUUCAUAAUCGAAUGAAGACUGUCAAAUUGGAUAAAGAAAAUGAAGAACUUCUCUCGGCGUUGGAUCCUUUUGUUAAACUGCUUGGCAACUGUUUGAGUUCUAGGUAUGAAGAUAUUAUAUCUACUUCCUUCAGAUGCCUUACUCCGUUGCUAAGGCUACCUCUGCCAUCACUUGCUUCACAAGCUGAUAAGAUAAAGGUUACAUUGUUGGAUAUUGCCCAGAGUUCUGCUAACGCCAACAAUUCUCUGAUGCAAUCAUGUCUAAAAUUGUUAACUGUGCUCCUGCGAAGUACUAAAAUUACCUUUUCCUCUGAUCAACUAUAUUUAUUAAUUCAGUUUCCUCUUUUUGUUGACCUUGAGAGCAACCCUUCUCCUGUUGCCCUCUCACUUUUAAAAGCAGUUGUUAGUCGCAAACUGGUUGUUCCUGAGAUAUAUGACCUUAUGAUUCGGGUUGGAGAAUUAAUGGUUAGAAGUCAAGUGGAUGUAAUUCGUAAGAAAUGCAGUCAAAUUUCAUUGCAAUUCUUGCUUGAUUAUCAUCUUUCAGGAACAUAUUUACAGCAACAUUUAGAUUUUCUGCUCAAGAACUUAAGUUAUGAGCAUUCAACUGGAAGAGAAGCAGUGCUUGAAAUGCUCCAUGCAAUUAUUAUCAAAUUUCCCAAAAACUUUCUGGAUAAGCAUUCACAAACAAUAUUUAUCCAUUUGGUGCAAUGUUUGGUGAAUGACAGUGAUAAUAAAGUUCGUGCUAUGACUGGCACAGUUAUAAAGCUUCUGAUUGGACGAGUGAGUCCCCAUCUACUGGAUUUCAUGCUUGAUGUUAGUCUAUCUUGGUAUGUAGAUGAGAAGCGGAAAUUGCAGAGCAUAGGUGCUCAGGCCAUGGGAUUACUGGUUGAGGCCAUGACUAAAAGCUUUCAAAAGCAUAUCAGCAGCAUAUUGCCGGUCAGUAGAACUAUUUUACAGGCUGCGGCUCUUGUUGUUUCUGAUAGGACAUAUCAAGAUUCUUCUGAUGAAGUUCCUCUCUGGAAAGAAGCAUAUUAUUCAUUAGUUUUGGUGGAGAAGAUUCUGCAUCAGUUUCAAGAUCUUAGCCUCAAAAAGGAUAUGGAGGAUAUAUGGGACGCAGUAAGCAAGGUUCUUUUGCACCCACAUCCAUGGUUGCGGAACAUUUCAAGUCGCCUUGUGGCUUUUUACUUUUCAACUGCAACUGAGGCCAGCAAGGAAAAUCAUGAAAAUUCGUUGGAACAUUUUCUUCUUAUGAAACCGCAUAGGCUUUUUACAGUAGCUGCUUCUCUCUGCUGUCAGUUGAGAAUACAAGUUAUUGAUGAUGCUGCUGAAAACCUGAUAACACAGAAUCUCGUUUUCUCAGUUUGUUCUAUCCAUUUGUUGAUGGGAAAAGUAAACUGUCCAGAUCCACAUUUGUUCUGGUCCAGUCUUGGAUCGCAUGAACAGAGCCUUUUUUUUAAAGCUUUUCAAAUGCUCGAAUCAAGAAAAGGAAAAGGUGCGUUUUUAAAUGUUAUCUCUGGCAUACGUGAUCAAGAGCAGCCUGAGAAUCUUCAACAUCUUCUCGUCUCAAAUCUAAUUAAAGAGAUGGGGAAAAUAGCUCUUCAAAUGGAGGCUUUACAGAUGAGAAUCGUUUUCAAUAGUUUCAGAAAGAUCUCCUUGCAAAUAAGCCAGGAUGAGUUACAGCCUUAUACAUUUGACAUGUUGCUGCCGUUGUAUAAAGUAUGUGAAGGAUUUGCUGGCAAAGUCAUCCCUGAUGAUAUAAAGCAACUAGCUCAAGAGGUUUGCGAAAGUAUGCGGAACAGUUUAGGCAUUCAAAAUUUUGUGCAAGUUUAUAGCGAGAUACGAAAGAUUAUUAAGGUGAAGAGAGACAAGAGGAAGAAAGAUGAAAAAGUCAUGGCUGUCGUUAACCCCAUGCGGAAUGCCAAGCGGAAGCUACGACUUGCAUCAAAACACCGUGCCCACAAGAAAAGGAAGAUGACAACAAUGAAAAUGGGAAGAUGGAAGCAUUAGGAAUUUGAAAAAUGGCAUUGUGCUGGUUUUUCAGUUCCAUGGAUAGGUGGCAAGAACAACAUCCGGCUUAUCCUGCAAUGGCUUCCUCAAUGUGCUAUCGACUUAAUUAUUUAGCUGACCCUUGUAUAAUAGCUUCAAAAGUUUUGAAGAAAUUGUAGUUACUAACAUGUUCUUGCUAAUAGUUGAGUUAUUUUUUUUUCGAACUCUGAGGUAAAAUUGUUGGUUAUUUCAUAUGCGCAAUUCAUGUUAGGGUAUCAAUGAUCCAUUUUGUCAAUAUAGGACGUUACGAUGAA